GUCAGCUGAUGCCGCCGGCGGCGUGUUCGGGCUGGCGAGGCGGUGCCGGUCGUCAUGUCGCUGUUCGGGGCCGACGAUGACGACGCGGAUUUCCUGUCACCGAGUAGCGGGUCCAAAUUGGCCUCUCUCUUUGGGAUGGAUCAGGCUGCCACGGGUCAAGGAAAUGAGUCCUUCCAGUACACAGCCCCCAAGCAACCCAAGAAAGGGGCACAGGCUCCAGGAGUGAGUUCACAGAAACCACCACCUACUGGUGUCCCUCCGGCUGUGGUGUUUGCGUCUGCUGUGCAUGCGUACCAAUACCUGAACGGUCAGUAUGUGAAACAAGGCAAGCUGGGGGCGGCAAUUCUUGGAAACCAUGCUUCAGGAGAGUACAAGAUUCUACUGUAUGCUAGUCAACAGAAGAAGAUUGCAGCUGCUCGCAUCACUUCAACGUUCACUUUUACUGUUCAAGCCAAUAAUUACUGUAUGUUUUAUGAUGAUCAGAGGCAGAACUGGUCAAUCAUGUUUGAAUCUGAGAAGGCUGUGGUGGAAUUCAGCAAACAGGUGUGCAUAGCAAAAUGCAACUGCACCUCAUCGUUGGAAUCUGUGCUAAUCCAGGAUCUGAUCCCAGGUGAUGGACAGGCAGUUGAAACAGGUGACUCUCUGGAAGUGUCGUACACAGGUUGGCUUUACCAGAACAACACAUUUGGACAGGUGUUUGACACAAAUGUCAACAAAGACAAAUUGCUGCGAUUGAAACUAGGAUCGGGGAAAGUGAUCAAGGGCUGGGAAAUUGGGAUGUUGGGAAUGAAGAAAAGUGCAAAGAGGCUGUUGAUUAUACCUCCAAAUCAGGCAUAUGGAUCACAAGGAAUGCCAAACAGGGUUCCACCUGAUUCCACACUUAUCUUUGAGGUGGAGGUUAAAAGGGUAAAAUUUGCAAAGGAAUCGGGAUUCGACAGGCAGAGUAUCGGCUCCCGUGAUUCAGUUGCAUCUUCGCCAGCUCCCAGUGUUGAAAGCUUGCCAAUGGAAACUUCAAUCCCAGCACCAAUGUCUAUACCUCCGAAACCUGGGGAGCAUAAUGUACGAGCAAAGUCUAACUCAUUAAGCGACAUGCUUUCAAAUCCUGAUACAACUAAAGCCAAACUAAUUUCCCGAAUGGCGAAAAUGGGACAACCAAUGCCAUUUCUUGCGGGGGCUCUUUCUGCACAGCCUGACUCCAGUGACUCUGAACUUGAGGAUCAUUCUUCAAAGGGAGCUCCACUUGCUGUCGCACCAUCAAUUCAGCAUACUGCAGCUCCUGUUCACAGUCUACCUCCACAGCAUCCACCACCAGCAGUGCCAGUUUCUAUGCUUCCGACGUCUUCUGCAGCACUAAUGCCAGUUGCUUUGCCUGCACAGCAAGGACUGUCUGGCAGCGGUCAAUCCUUCCAGCCAUACACAGGAAUGUCCUACGGUUACACACAAGGCCAUGGAGCUCAGACACAGAUUCAGACAAUUGGACCAAUGUACCCAGCUCAAGCACCACAGUAUCAAGCUGGUGGAGACGUCACUUCUUUUAUGAUGACUGAGGCACGGCAGCAUAACACUGAGAUUCGAUUGGCCAUCAGCAAGGCAUCAGAUAAAAUUGACCAGCUUGCUCUUAAGAUGGAAGACUUGCAGAAACACGUGACUGGUCCUUCAAUCCCAGGCAUUUCAUCGUUAACCAUGGAAACAAGCAUGAUAAUGCAUAAUAUCCAGAGGAUUAUACAAGAAAAUGAGAGAUUGAAGCAAGAAGUGUUUGAUAAAAGCAGUCGGAUUGAAGAACAGAAUGGAAAGAUCAGUGAUCUGAUCCAGAGAAACCAAAGAUACGUGGAGCAGAGUAAUUUGCUGAUGGAACAGAGGAAUGACUCUCUGAUAUCCUCAACGGAGAAUAACCAAGCCCGCAUCCUGCUUGCAGAGCAGGAGAAGGUGAAGGUGACUGAGGAACUAGCAGUGGCCACUAGCCAGGUUGCCAAACUACAGCUGGAGCUCACAGCCCACCAGAAAAAGGAGAUGGAGCUGCGCAGUCAGCUUGCCUCAGCACAGCAGAAGGCAGAGGGGCAAGGGCUGCGGCUCAACAGUGUGGAGGUCCAGUUAACAGAGCUGCAGGAGGCAUCGGAGCGUGCUCAGACCAAGUGCAAAGCUGAGAAGCAAAGCCGUAAGCAGUUGGAAGUGAAGGUUGCCAGCAUGGAGGAGGAGCUUGUGGACCUUCGAGCUGAGAAGGAUAAUCUGGAAAAGAGUUUAGCAGAGAGGAAGAGGAAAGCGAUAACAGAGCGGCAGCGAGCAGAGCAAGAGAUGGAUGAAAUCCGGAAAUCGUACGAGGAGGAGCUGGAAAAUGUACGGUCAUUGCUGAGGAAAACCCGGUCAUCGACUGAUCAGGCUGCGGCAGAGCAGAUUUCAGUGAUGCAAGCAGAGCUGGAAUCACAGUGGCAAGCCAAGUGUGACCGGAUGCUUGCAUCAGCCAAGGAACAGCACAACCAGCAGUAUCGAGAAGUCUGUGAACAGCGGGAAUCCCAGCAACUUAAGAUUUCACAGCUGGAGGCGAAGUUGGCGACGUUGAAGGAGUCUCGUGUCACGGAGGAAGCGAAGCUCUUGUCUCUCCAGGAACAAGCAGAUGAGCUACAGGCCCUGAAGGAGCGGUAUUCAUCCUUGGAGCAAAGAGCUGUUGCAAUGAAGGAACACUAUGAAGGGCGCAUUCAGGAACUUCAACAGCAAGCCCCUGUGGCCAGUGAAGCACUUCGUCCAGACAACACCGCUGAGGAGGUGAAGAAAAUCAUGAAUGGCGUGUUUCAGUCGGUGCGCAGAGAGUUUGACCUUGAUGAAAUGUACAGUGGAAGAUCAGUUCUUGGCAUCAUCAUGAACACCAUCAAGGCAGUGACCCUCCAAUUCUUGUGCCAAGACCAACCCCAUACAAGAAGUGACGAUGAGGACGAAGAAUCUGAGGGUGAGACUGAAGAGAAGGCAGCUUCUCCGGUCAACAGUCAGAACGUUAAGGUAGAUACCAACACUGCUGAAGGAGUGAGUGGAGCCGUGCAUGAAGAGGGUCCCACAGCACCAGAAGUGGAUCAGUUAAGUGAGGUGACUUCAUCCAGCUACCCACCUGGGGCCAUUGAGCAUGAAGAAAAUCAGGCUGAAGCCCAGGAUUCAAAAGCACCAGAAUUGGACCAGCCAGAGACGCCUUUGACUCAUGCUCGAAACAUUCCUGCUCUUUCACUGAAUCCCCCUGCAGGAGAUGACCUGGGGAACAACCCAGGACACAUGGAGGAAUGGACGGGUGAAAAAGAUGAGAAGGAAGUGUUAGCACCUCCACCUGACCCAGCAGAUCUCCCUGGCAGUGAAAGAUCUCUUCAAGAUGCGGAGGUCCAAGAGGAUGAAGGGACACCAGAGAAGAAACGUGACCAUGUGAGUAAAGUGCAGCACAGCGAAUUGGACAGGGAUUCACUUCCAAACAGGUCAACAGCCGGUGAAAGACAGGAAGAUCAACCUCAGGCACACAGCAACAGCAUCUCUGAAGUUCAGGAAGUUGCUGAGCCUUCAGAAACCCUCCAAGCACUUAAUGGGAACAAAGGGAGCCCUGAAAUCCCAGAAGGUUCGGCACUUCAAUCAAGCCAGGCUUCUUCGGAGCAUGAUAUGUUGCAUGUGGCAGAACAUGGUUCCAAUACUGUGAAACCAGUUCCAGAACCUAAAUCUGUCUCCUCAACAAACUCUUCCAGCCUUUUCAAUGAUGAUGACGACAACGAGGGCUUGUUCAAAUCAGCGACUCCAAAACUGGGAAAGACUGUGAAGCACCUGGUCGGGAAGGAGGACGAGGAGGAGGAUGAGGAGGAAGUGAGUAUGAAGGGUCGCCCACCACCAGCACCACUGUUUGGAGAUGAUGAUGAUGAUGAUGACUUUGACUGGCUGGGAUGAGAGUGCUUCUGUUGAUGCGGUAUAGUUACCAAGGAGAAAGAGGUGCUUUGCAAGGAAGACGAAGUGAAUCAAACACCUUUCUGGGAAACCCUGCUUCUACAGUGUUUAACUUGAUGGAACUUAACAUUCCAAGAGUCUCUGCAUUUCUGUAACCUGCUGGUCACAGCCUCCUGGCGUGAAGCUGUGUCCCCAGUCAACACUGAAUGAAACUGUGGAUGAAAGUGCACUAACUCUGAUUAGCACUGGUAGUGUUCCUGAACAGUAUAUGACUUUAAUUUUCUUUUUAAUCCCUGCCAAAUCUCAGUAGAUUUUUACUGCUGUGACAGUAUUGUUCUUGGUUGUGGGGCAGCCUGAAUCCACAGCAGGCAUUCAUGACUGUUUAAUAUAUUACGGUGUCUGCCACAGUUUGAUUGUGAAUAAUUUCCCCUCAGUUUUCACGUUGAAUUGUUUGAGUGGUACUUGGAAGGAACAGAACAUUGUCCUUGUCCUGUGUGUUGGUUAGAGUACAGCCUUCAUUCAGAACAGUUAUCCCUGUGCCUUAACCUUAGUCAGUUGGCCCAGCACUUACAUUUUCACUACUGUUCAUUGAUGUUACCUGCAUGGAUGUGGUUCUGAUUCGGAAGCCUUCAUUCUCAGUAGACAACGUAAUGUCCCUCUCCGAUUUUAUUUAUGGGUUGCUAUCCAUUUAAAAUAAAUUGGUUAGCAGCCAUGAAAGGAGCACAGCUGUGGUAAAGUUUAAGUAGGCUUGUGUGAUGGGAAUACAUCAUUUGCUUAAAUUUAUUUGUUUUGGGCCCUAACUGCUGGAGAGGGAAAAUCCUUAGUUCUGCACUCCCCCUUAGUUCUGCACCCCUUCUCUCUUGCUCCUCCUAUCUGCCCCCUGUAGUCUUUUCCAGUUAAUGGGCUUGUUCUGGGUAAGAGGGCAGCCAAAUGGUUGGGUAUCCAGUCUGGAGAGGAAAUCCCUGUUGUGUUCACCUGUUUCUUGGUGCCCCGUGUCAGUUUGUUCAGGCAGGAGCCACAUACCAGCAUAAUGAAGGCCACAAGUCAAAUCACAUGGUUCUUCCUCUUCUACUGUGCUAAUUUUAUAGAUAUAGAACACUGCCAUUGUUAACAUAAGUGGAAUGGUUGGCAGGCUGGUGGAAAGUGGUGUAUUACUGAGAGCUGAAUUCUAACCUUGUUCUUGGCAGCUAAUGAGACCAUGAAAUAGUUCAUCUGCUGGUUUUCGUAAGCAGUGCAGCAUGCUGCUGCUUCCAGCUAAAGACAGCCAUUAUUUCUACUUUUAUGUUUUCUGAUCCUAUUUCCCGUAGCCUCUUGUUAUUUGAACUCUGGGGUUUCUAUUUCCUGUAGCCUUGGGGAACCUGCCAAUAUGGUUUGGUAUCUUCCUUUGUAAGCUGUGUGUAAUUGUGAACUCACUGGCUUGGAUUAUCCUGAGAAACAUGAGCAUUUACCUGCAUAAGUGCCAGGAAGCUAAGGGCUCCUGCACUUCCUGGCAGCUGGUCACUGGAGUUCCCUGACCACACACAGGACUUGACAUGGAGUCCACGAGUAGAUCACCAGCUCCCUGCAAUUUCCCAGCAGGUUCAGCAACUCCAUACAGCCGUGGAGAGUAUUGUUUAUGUAAUUUUAAUUAAUUAAAAAAUAAUUUGAUAGGGUUGUUAAGUUUUAACAUUGAACAAUUUUGAAUGUUGAGGGACAUUUGUAAACUAUGCCAUUGUUUGACAGUUCAGCCUGUGGAGAUGUGGCUGGGCCUGUGAUGUCUGUUACAGCCAGACUUUUGCUGCAUGGUUGGAGAUGGCUUCACAGGCUGAGUUGCUGCUUGAAGAUCCAGGUGUGUGCAGGGGACCAGUGAGUGUGGGAGGUCUGCUACCUCUGGGAAAUUCUGGAACCAUUUGUUAAAGUGCGGGCAGAUGCAGGCCUGAUUCUGGAUGAUGUGAAUUGACUGACACAUCACAUGAAAGAUUCUGAAUCUUCUGCAUGUGCCUUCAUACAGAUUUGUUAAUGUGUAUAAAUCUUGGCUCACAAUUUAA